UUCAGCAUGUGCGUUAUCAUCUGAUAGCCCUAGGCAUGCGCAGAUGCACGCGCACGCGCCUUAUCAUGUCAGCUAACAUCUGGGUAUAUUAACCAUCACGGACUAAGAAUAAACAGAGUUGUUUGAGGUACCGGGUCGGUGUAGUUACUUCGCGACCCUGCGGCUCUCCGACGUAGUUCGGCAGGGCAUGGCGGCGGAUACCACAGUUGGCGACGAGUGGUGAAGUGACCGAAAGCUGAAGCAAUGAGCCUGCACCAACCGCCCGAGUUCCUGCAGACGCCUGGGAAGCCUACCCUUCCGUGGACGCAGUGGCACCGCCUUUUCAAGAAUUAUCUCCUGGCAUCGGGGAGCGACGUCCACUCAUCUGCUCGCCGUAAAGCUUUGCUGUUGCACUGCUUGGGGGUGGAAGGCCAGCGAUUGUACUACGCAUUACCGCAUACUGCGGGAAAAGAAGAAAGCGGCCCGAGCGACGAGUACGAUGCAGCGGUGGCUACGUUGGACGCCUACUUUACUGCUAAAACGAACAUCGUCGUGGAACGGCACCGGUUCGGACAGCGCACCCAACUGCCUGGGGAAACCGCAGCAGCAUUCGUCACGGCACUGCGCGAGUUGGCAUUGUCCUGCAACUUCGGGGAGCAAACUGACGACUUCAUUCGUGACCAGCUUGUAGCGAAAACGAGCAACCAUGUUCUUCGGGAACGCCUACUUCUGGUAGGAACUUCGCUUACGCUUGAACGUGCGCUGACUAUCUCGAACAACAUUGAAGAAGCCACGAAAUACUCACUUGAGCUACAGUCAUCAGCCGCGAGCAUCCAAAAGGCGGAUAAACAUCAGAUGCCAGCCCUCUUCUUCCAAGGUCGGCACGCCGAGAUACUUUUCUACGUCGUCAAAGGCGGUACGGACAUCCUCGGCAUCGACGCUAUCGAAGCCCUGCGGCUGCACAUCAAUGGGUGCGGACUGAGCUCUCAGUCGUUGGAGACCUCCUACUUCGUGGAGACAAGUUCGUCGCACCUUCAUCUCUCGUAG